AGUUCGAUUCCGCUUCCAGCGACGCGCAGCCCUAUCUCGCGGAACCUUGAGUCGCAUGUGCGUUCCCCCGUUUCGUGGUGCGUUAGCGAUGGACGUUUUGGAUCGAGUUGUAAAGCCCAAAACAAAAAGAGCCAAGAGAUUCCUUGAGAAGAGAGAGCCGAAACUCAGUGAAAAUAUUAAAAAUGCUAUGCUGAUUAAAGGGGGAAAUGCAAAUUCAACAGUGACACAAGUACUUAGAGAUGUGUAUGCACUGAAGAAACCAUAUGGUGUUCUGUAUAAAAAGAAAAAUAUUACAAGGCCGUUUGAGGAUCAGACAUCAUUGGAAUUUUUUUCAAAGAAGUCAGAUUGUUCUUUAUUCAUGUUUGGCUCCCAUAAUAAGAAGCGGCCAAAUAAUCUGGUAAUAGGUCGUAUGUAUGACUACCAUGUGCUAGAUAUGAUUGAAUUAGGUAUUGAGAAGUUUGUCUCCCUUAAAGAUAUUAAGAAUAGUAAAUGUCCUGAGGGAACAAAACCCAUGUUAAUAUUUGCAGGUGAUGAUUUUGAUGUAACAGCAGACUACAGAAGGCUGAAAAGUCUUCUUAUUGAUUUCUUCAGAGGUCCCACAGUAUCAAAUAUCCGCCUGGCUGGUUUAGAGUAUGUUCUGCACUUCACUGCACUGAAUGGGAAGAUUUACUUUCGAAGCUAUAAGUUGCUGUUGAAGAAAUCUGGCUGCAGAACACCACGGAUUGAAUUGGAAGAGAUGGGACCUUCAUUGGAUCUGGUUCUGAGGAGGACACACCUAGCAUCAGAUGACCUUUACAAGUUAUCUAUGAAAGUGCCCAAAGCCCUCAAGCCAAAGAAGAAGAAAAAUAUCUCUCAUGAUACUUUUGGUACAACUUAUGGAAGAAUUCAUAUGCAGAAGCAAGACCUGAGCAAACUACAAACCAGGAAAAUGAAGGGGUUGAAGAAACGACCCGCAGAAAAGCAAGCAGAAGACCAGGAGAAAAAAUCAAAGAGAAUUAAAAAAGAUUGAUGAAAUUU